AAUAGUAUAAAGAGCAGUAAUGCUAUUACUAGUUUAGUCUCUGUAGUUUUUCCUCCAGGUCAUUAGGUGGCGAUGAUCCGGCCGAUAAAAUUAAAUCACAUGAUUUCCGGCGGAACGUUAAGAAAAAAUAACAAAACAGGGUGGUAUGGCAAAGAGGUUGUGAUGAAGCCAAGGCAUAAAGCUCAGUUACCGUUGAUAUUACUAUGUGUAGCGUUCGGAUUAGGAGGUGAAGGAGCGGACACCGAGGGGAAGCCAAUGUUAGCCAGUAUCGCAUUGUUUUGUGCACCAUGAAUUUACGAGGGCUCUUUCAGGACUUCAACCCCAGCAAGUUCCUAAUCUAUUCUUGCCUGCUGCUCUUCUCCGUGUUGCUGUCCUUGAGGCUGGAUGGAGUUAUCCAGUGGAGCUACUGGGCUGUGUUUACGCCAAUAUGGCUGUGGAAGCUGUUGGUCAUCAUCGGGGCGUCCGUGGGCACCGGAGUCUGGGCCCACAACCCUCAGUACAGGGCUGAGGGGGAGACGUGUGUGGAGUUCAAGGCCAUGCUGAUAGCGGUGGGGCUCCACGUCCUGCUGUUGAUGUUCGAGGUGCUGGUGUGCGAUCGGGUAGCGAGAGGAAACUACUUCUGGCUUCUCGUCUUCAUGCCACUCUUCUUUGUGUCACCCGUUUCCGUAGCAGCGUGCGUCUGGGGGUUUAGACACGACCGCUCUCUUGAGCUGGAGGUGUUGUGUUCAGUAAAUAUUCUGCAGUUCAUCUUCAUCGCUCUGAAGCUGGACAAGAUCAUCAACUGGCCUUGGCUGGUGGUGUGUGUCCCACUGUGGAUCCUCAUGUCCUUCCUGUGCCUUGUUGUCCUUUACUACAUCAUCUGGUCAGUCCUCUUUCUCCGCUCCAUCGACAUCAUCGCCGAGCAGCGGCGAACUCACAUCACCAUGGCGAUCAGCUGGAUGACUAUCGUCGUACCGCUUCUCACAUUUGAGAUCCUUCUGGUGCACAAGCUAGACGGUCACAACAGCCUGAGCUACGUGUGCGUGUUCGUCCCUCUGUGGCUCUCCCUGCUCACACUCAUGGCCACCACCUUCGGCCAAAAGGGAGGAAACCACUGGUGGUUCGGCAUCCGGAAGGACUUCUGCCACUUUCUGCUGGAGCUCCUUCCCUUCCUGCGAGAGUACGGCAACGUGUCCUAUGACCUUCAACGUAGUGAGGACCCCGAGGCGGCCGAGGAUCUGCCCGUCCCUGAACCGCCGCCAAAGAUUGCCCCCAUGUUCCACAAGAAGACCGGCGUGGUGAUCACGCAGAGCCCCGGGAAAUACUUCGUCCCGCCACCCAAACUCUGCAUCGACAUGCCGGACUAAUGGCGGGUCAAAGCAUGAGCAGUCGUGGGUGCCGAACUAAAAAAGCCAAAACCGCUUCAGAGACUGUUUCUUUUGUUUUGUUUUAAAUCCACUCUCCACUGAAGGAUUUUGGCCCCCCCACCCUGAAUUGUGCAUCAGCAUGCCCAGCACGGGCAAUCCACCUGAACUAAAACGGCGAUGGAUCCAAGAUCCCCGCUGUCCUCCUGACUUGCUGCCUUUAAAGGGUGAAAUCGUAGAACCCACGAGGGGACAGCUUUGUUUUUCACCUCUCGCUGGAGCCACAGUGUUGUUGCUGACUCCCAGUUGUAUCCGUGGUGAGGAAACAUCCAAGACUCUAUUGGAUCUAAACUUCAGGCUGACAUCAGUGAGAACUGGAUGCGUGUAGACUUUAAAUGUUAUCUCUGAACUGCUGUAGAUCUUUGCUUUAUGUUCAGAGGAUGUCAAAAACAAAAUCAACACUUUUUGGGUUUGUGACGGGGACCAUUGGAGAGGCUCCAUACAGGGAUCAAUGUAACCCUGUCCUUUCAAUUCUCUCUUCAUCAUUUAGGUGUAAAAAAAACAAGGGUGUGGGGCUCAGAGGAAAAGUUUCUUUCUAUCUUUUUUGUUCAGGGCUGCCUUGGAGCAAUACUUGUGUGUCAGUGCAUUGAAGCAGCUGUUGGGCUGCUUUCUGAUUGCACAUUUGGAGAAAAGAUUCACAGAGCUUAUAUGUAGGGCCGUGCAAAACUACACGAUCCCCAAUACUCUGCCCCAAACAUGCAAGUUGUUUAAACGAAUUAGUUCUGCUAAGAGGGAACUUCUUCACAGCCACCCCAAACGGGAGGAAAGAGUAAAGUUCUGUUUUCCAAAGCGUUCGUGCACUCUGCAAGCAUUGCUUUAAGACUACCCUUGAAGAAAAAAAGCAUCUUUUCUUUAAAAAGAAAAGGAAAUAGCACUUUGUUACUAUGUUCCAGGAGGAACCCAGUUUGACUCGUUGGAUUUUUCUAUUCCUGUUUAGUUUUUGUUUUUGUAAAUAACACAACUUGUCAAGUUAGGGACCAUAGCGGUGACGAGAGUGGGUGGGAGUAAAAAAGUAAACGUCAAUCAUGCACUCCUGAUUUUUGAUUGGCUGUGCAAUCUUUCUACCAUCCUCAAUCUUAUGAAUGCAAUCUGUGUGACUGCAAUUUUAAGGUGAUGUAGCAUCCUUAACAUUAAACUGACGGCUUGGGUUUUUGAUUGAAGAAGUAAGGAGUUGAGCAGAGUUUAGAAGCUAA